CUUCCACCCCAACGGCAACGACGGCGGCAACAAUGGCGACAGCAACAGCGGUCGAAGAACACUCCCCUGACGCUCGUCUCCGCCGUCCCGCUCAGGCCCCGCGGCGAAGGCUCUCGACUUUUCAGGCCGGACGGUACGCACUACCGCAACCUUGUCACCAGCUCCCCUACUCCGUUGAAGCCCUCGACUUGUCUCUCAACUCUCUGCCCCCUACCCUCGCUUCCCUUCGUCUCCAUGUUCUGUCCUAUCUCGCCGAUCUCGAGUCUCGGCUCUCCCUUCUCGAGUCGCCGAUCUCCACAGAAGCGAUCAUGGCCAAGGGGGAGCUGACCAUGGAGGAAGCUCGCACAUGGGCCAAGGAUGGUCUCGAGAUGCUGCGCUCUAUACGUGAGGACGUCCUUUCCCACCUCCCCGACAUUUUCUCCCUGGACAGCGUCCCCACCGUCGAGGAUGUCGAGGAAUUCGUCAACGCCCACUUGCCGGAGGUCCCCACCCUACCAGAGAUGCGCUCCCAUCUUCCCGACGUACCUGACGUUGUCCGCUCGCACUUACCGGACUUCAAGCUGUCCGAUGUUCGCUCACGACUAGACGACGUCCGCUCUCGCAUUUCCGAUCUAGACUUCAAUAAACCAUUAAACUACGUCCCGACGCUAUCUAAUCGACUCCAGUCCCUACAAGAGCAUCUCUCCGCCAUGGAGCGCUCCUCGAGCUUGUAUUUAUCAACCUUGGCGCCUAGCGCGACGCUCUGUACGCUCCUUGACAAGGUUCUCUCUUCACAUUUUGUUGCCGACAUCUCUUCGGACCUCCGGAGCGGGGAGGAGACACUGGAAAAGGCUGCGCUCGAGAUAGGGCGAGCCAUGAAGCGAUCCCUGAACGGGUCUCGUCUCAUCCAGUACGUCGACCUGCCCGAGCAAUGGCGCAACAACCCCUUUGUGAAGGGCGGUUAUAGAUUCAUUCCUCUACAUGAUUGGCCCCGACUCGUCCUGUCGCUUUUCGCUUUGCACAAUGAGACUCUGAAUAUCCACACGCAUUUGAUACCCUUCCUGCUCUGGUCCUUCGCUUUGUUCCGCUUUUCUCCAUCAUACGACACAUCCGACUACCAAGAACCGGCCAAGAUCGCCUUCACUGUAUUCGCAUUGCUCUGUCUCUUUACCAGCGCGUUAUGGCACACCAUGGCGGGCUGUGCGCAUCCCGAAGGCAUGGAAUUCUGUGCUAGGGUUGACUAUGUCGGCAUUGGAUGGCUCAUCAGUGCAAGCGUCGGCACUUUGGUGUACUACGGCUUCCAGUGUCGACCAGCUGAGCGCGACGUGUUUCUCCUGCUCUGCCUUGCUGUCGGACUCUCCGGCAGUAUCGUCCCGUUCACCCAGUGGUUCAAUCAACGAGAAUACAAGAACGCACGCAUCGCCUUCUUCCUCUGCAUGGCGUUCAGCAGCAUCGCGCCCCUGGUCGAGCUCUCCCGGCUCCACUCUCCGUGGGAGAUGUACACGUUCAUCUCGCCCAUCGUGCCCUCGCUCGUGUCGUACGUCGUCGGCCUCGUCUUCUACGCGACGCACUUCCCCGAGUGCGUCGUCGCGCCGCGGUGGCCGUCGCUGUGCCGGUGGCUCGACUGGCUGGGCGGCGGGUCGCACGCGAUCUGGCAUGUGUUCAUCGUGCUCGCGAUCAGUCUGCACAAGCGGGGGAUGGAGGUGAUGAAGGGCGGGAUUGGGGAUGCGUGCACUGUUUAGGUUGUUUCGCUUUUUGCAAUGAGUGCUGGCUUUGCCGAGGGUUGUUCCUCUUGAAUGUUAGCUUAUUCUUCUGUUUAGGACAUUGAGAGAACGACGAGACGGGCGUCUGCCCUCAGUCAAAUCAUUCCCGAGUGCAACUGUUCCCUCCGCAUACGCCAUUUAC